AUGAGUGACGAUUUAGGGUUUGAUCCCAGCUUGAAGAAGAAGAAGAAGUCCAAGAAGGUCGAGGAUGGGUCCUCAGAAUCGACUCCUGUUCCGGAACUUGAUGACAUGUUAUCGGGCUUAAAGAAGAAGAAGAAGUCCAAGAAGAUUGAUGGUGAUGAAGAAACCAAUUCACCAGUACCAGAUGAUUUGACUGCAUCUCUAGGUGAUCUUACUUUGAAGAAGAAGAAGAAGAAGUCACUUAAAAAUGUGGAUGCUACUGAUUUCGAACAACAAUUGGAAGAAGCUGGUGUAGAAGACGUUAGUGGAUCCAACAAUAACGCUACCAUUGAUGGCGAAUCUUCAAAUGGUGAUGAAGAAGGUAUUAUACCCUAUGAUGAUUUAUUAUCACGUUUCUUUGAUAUUUUGAAGAAGAACAAUCCAGAAUUAGCAGGAGAUAGAUCAGGUCCAAAGUUCCGUAUUCCUCCACCGGUAUGUCAAAGAGAAGGUUCCAAAAAGACUUUAUUUGCCAAUGUUCAAGAAAUUGCUCAAGUAUUACAAAGAAACCCAGAACAUUUGAUACAGUUUUUGUUUGCUGAAUUGGGUACUUCUGGUUCUAUUGAUGGGGAAAAGAGAUUGGUUUUGAAGGGUAAAUUCCAACCUAAACAAAUGGAAUCAGUCUUGAGAAGAUAUAUCAUUGAAUAUGUCACUUGUAAGACUUGUAAAUCCAUGAAUACCGAGUUGAAGAGAGAAUCAGGUAAUAGAUUGCAUUUCUUGAGUUGUAAGGUUUGUGGUUCUACUAGAUCUGUUUCUUCUAUCAAGACUGGUUUCCAAGCCCAAGUUGGAAGAAGAAAGAGGGUUUAA